GUGGAGUCAAACCUUGGGAUUGCGUGCGGCUCCGACCAGAAACCUGAAAAGACAGAACUUUUUGAGAUGAAAAGGACCCACUCCGGGGCUUCUUGAACAGGAUAUGCUCCGACCUCAAGCCUUCGUGACACCCUCGCUGCCGCAGGGCUAUUCACAGGCCCUGAACGAGCUGACAAGGCGGGCAUGACAGCCUUCAGCGGCCGCCAGCCCUUUGCUGUUCAACAUCCUCACUCUUGAGGCCAGGCGGAACUAAGCAUUGGUUACACCCGGAACCCCCUCUUCAGGAAAAGCCGCCUGCAUAUCCCUUAUCCCGCGGCCGCUCAAGUGCUCGGGCACACUCCGAGCCGACUAACAGCCCCUGCGAGGCCUAGAGGCCAACCUGCCUCUCCGCCAGAUUUGUCUACUCCGACCGGAUCCUCCCUUCUCAGCCAUGGCAGAGCCCCCACAGAAACGACCCGUCAAGUUUGUAGCCUCCGAUCAGGAUGGCAUGCCGGUGAAACGGCGACAGGUACAGCAAGCAUGCGAGCCAUGUCGCAAGAGAAAGAAACGCUGCUCUCACGUGUCAGACACACUGGCAGGGCCGCGAUUCUUCGCAGAUGCGUCCCAUCAGAAGAGCAUAUACGCUCACCUGCGGGCUGACCCGCAGCAGCCCGACGGUUCCGGGGGCUCAAACCGCUCAGGGACCCUGCCCAGCUCACCCCAGUCGCCAGCAGAGCCCAACUCGGGGGCAUCGUCGGCCCGCGAGGUCGCCUCCCAGCUCAUCGAGCUGUCGACCUCGCGGUUUGUCGGUGACCUGAGCCCGGAGAGCAUCUUCAUCGAGGCUGCGAGCAAGAUCGCCAGGGACCCCUCCCGCCGCAACCCGUCUGACAUCGGCACUUGGUUGCCAGCCCGGCGCUCAGAUGGCGAGAGGGAUGCCAGGCGAGAGCAGUCGGCUUCGGCCCAGGGCCAUGAACCCACAGGCUCAAAUCGUGCUGAUGAUGGCCCAAUAAUGUCGCGUGCUCUGUCCGGGAGGAUAACCUCCUCAGCCGGCAGUCCGGGACUUCGCACUGAUAGCCCGCAGUCUCACGACGUGGGUGGAAACCCGAGACCAUGGAAGAAUCCCACAUUGUACCCAACGCCACCAGACGAGGAUUACGAACAAAUUUACACGAUCUGGUUGGAGAGAAUCCAGCCUAUCUGGCCAAUAGUCAAAGUAGCCGACGUCCAUGCGACACGCAAACCAAAAUGCAUCAAAGACAUCAUCUUCAGACAGGCCAUCUCUCUUGCGACAAGUGGGGAACCAUCUGCAGCGAAGCAUCUUCGCCUUGAACCGGGCGGCCCGAUUCUAGCUUUCCCAGAUUUCCAACGCACCUUGUCCAAGUCCAUACUCUGCUCCCUGGAUGAACAAGUCCUGCCCGACAGGACUGACCACAUCCGUGCCCUCUUCCUCAUGUUCUUUUAUCAACCGGCCCACGCAUCCGAGCUGGACAUGCCCUCGCUGAUCUACAGCCAAGCCUUGCACUACGCCCUGGGCAUCGGAAUCCACCUUGUAGGUUCCGGUGCGCAAGACGAGCGAAGCAAAGAAGCCGAGACUCUGUACUGCGCCCUCUGGACACUUGACAGGAUGAACGCGGCUUUUCACGGCCGGCCAUGCCUGCUGCACGAGCGAGACACCGACCGGGACUUGGAGGAGUGCAUCGCUGCUCAGGAAGAACCGGGUUUUAGGCUAUUUCUGAAUGUCAUCGUGAUGCUCGACAAGGUCAUCGCCCUAUACCGGCCGCGAAGCCGUCACGACGAGACGGUCGUGCUGCCAGUUUUUGAAAGCAUGAUUAUAGAUGCUGGAGCAGAUAAAGCCGCCCCAUUUGUUCACUCCAGCAUAGAAAUAUUCUACCACGCGGUUUCCGUUCUGUCAUGCCGGCAACCAUCCAGCGCCUUCGAGCCAUCAGCCCCAGACCAGGCUCACCUCCCGCACCCCAACAUUAAUGCCCGGCGCUCAUUAUCCGCAGACCGCAUCGUCGACGCAGUGUCCUUCGCACUCAAUUUCCCGACAUCGCCAGACCGGAUCACGAUCGUGCCCUUCGUCCCCUACGCUCUCGCGCUCUCGCUCUCCGUCUCCUACCGCAAGAUGCGGUACUCCAAGAUCCCGCUCUACCGACUGAGGGGCAAGACCAGGUUCAAGGAGGUGGUGGCCCUCCUGAGGAAGCUCGGCGACACCUUCACGUGUGCACGCGUCAACGCCGGGCUGGGCGAGGCCAUCCUGCAGGAGAUGGACAAGACAACCAAGGGCCUCGUAAACUCCGGGGCCGUCUCAGCGUCAGGGACAACCGCUUCAGGACCUGGCAGCGGCACGACGCCCACCCCAAGCGACACGAGACCCUCACACCGCAGAUCGCUGCCAGCUGAGGUGACGCUCGGGAGCAAGAGGAACGUCUACGUGCGGGAGACCGACAGGCAGCAACAGCCUGGAAGCACCGCCGGUACGCCGAGGUCGAUCCAGGCGGGCCAGAGCCCCCUGCAGCAGCUCCCCACCCCGAGCAUGCAGCAGGCCCAGGGGAUGCCCUCACCCGCACCGCUGAGCGCGGCGUCGAGCCAAGGCACUGCCGUGGUGGCUGCCCAGCAGCCGGUCACGUCCCAGGCCCUGCCUGCGACGGCCCUCGGCGACAUGCUGGACGUCGAUAUCUUCGGACACUUUGAUCCGGGCUUUGAUCUGAACACUGUCGAUGCGGCGCUCUCGGCGAACCUGGACAUGGGGUUUCCUCAGAUGUGGACUACUCCGUGGCCCAACUGGCCGAGCUGAGAGAUGGCACAUGCAUGAAAGGGGUGGCGCUGCGGGGAAAUAAAGCUCAAUGUUCAAUAGUUUUCUGUGUUGUAUUUGUUCUGGGAAGGCUGAUGUCUGUGUUAAAAGUCGCAUAGCGAUCACUGGAGGGAUAUUUCACAAGAUGGAGUGUGCACAGCUCGGCCGGCACAAUUCACGCCACAUUUGAUAUCGGGUACAAGGUCUUUGAAAUGUACGGGCUUGGUAUUACCAGGGCUUCUUACGUGCGAUCAGUAUUUUC